AUGGCGGACAAUCUCUGCGGCCCGUCGACGGCUCUCAAGAGCUUCAGCGAGCAUGUCAACCGCGACCGCUCGGUGCAUCAAGACCGCGCUGCGCCUGGCCGUGCUGGACCUUCGCAGAACUUCCGCUCCGCCCUAAAUGGCACGCACAGCAACGAGGCAGAGGCUCGGGCGUUUGCCGCUGGUGGUGCUGCCUUCCAGGCCGAGCCGAUGAUGGGGCCUGACAUGAACGGCCAUGUGCACCCAGCAACGCUUCAGCAGAUGGGCCAAAUGGGACCGCACGCGCACCAUCCACAAGCACGUUUUGCUGGCCCAGGCGGCGUGGCUCCCGUGCACGCCAACGGCGCUAGCAACUCUAACAACUGGGCCGCCGAGUUUGCGUUGUCUGGCACGGCAACUCACGUUGCUGCUCCUGCUGGUCCUUCACCCGCGGCAGCUGCUGCUGCUCGUGCGCCCUAUGCUCCCCAGCAACCGCUGCAGGCCGUCAACCGUCUGCAGCACUUUUCUUCGGGCAUGAUGGCCCAGAGCCCCGCGUUUCUUUCUUCCUUGAACCAACCUUCUUUUGCAGGCACCCAACAAUUCUCACAAUUCAAUUAUUCUUCACCCUCUUCUUCGUACGCUCCUCAACCUGCUGCUCUCACCACCAGCACCACCGCCACCACCACCAUGCCUCACAUUGCCCCUCCUUCGCUGCUUGAUAGCAACGCUCCCAGCGGCGUCGCUGGCCUCACCGAAGCCGAGCUUGAGGCCCGUUUUGCAGAGGCAGAGUCCAACUUCGAUUUCCAAAACGAAAUGGAUGCGUGGAUGCAACAGCAUGGCCCCACGGCGGAAGAGCGCGGCGAGACGUCGGCAGCCCAGACGGAAGACGUCGACGCCAUUCUUGAAUCCCUCGCGGAUGAGCUCGACGCCCAGCGUCUGGCCGAAUCAGCGGAGGCUGCUGCGGCGGAACAGGCCGAGCAGGACCUGGCGCGUGACCAAGACGACCUGGCCCGCACGGCAGGCCAGAUUGUCCACACGCUGGACGCUCACCCCAGCACCAAGUUCCAAGAGUCGUCCUUUAUGCGGCUCAUGAAGCGGAUUCAGACGCGCGAGGUCACCGUCCAGGGCGACGAUCUGGUCGACGAGGCCACGGGCCAGCCCAUCGAGCAGCCGGUCCGCACGGAGAUGGCUCCCACGACCACGACCUCGACCACCGCCGCCGCGGCACAGGAGUCGGAGACGACCAACGGCACCACGGCCUAG